CUGGCAAAAAUAAAGAUGAAAAUGACUAAAGUCACGUACAGCAUUGAAUUAUGACAAGAUUUUUGCACCAUAUAUAAAAAUAUUAUCUGUCAGCUGAUCAAAGGUCAUAAUAUGUGUCAUCCAUUUAUUUACAAACUCGUGCUUUGAACACAAAGUCGAAGGAUGGAUAAAAAACAGUCGUCCAAGCUGGACAAUUGUAUUGUAUGUCCUGUCUGUAAUUCUAGACAUUUGUUCAAAAAGGAGAAAGUAGAAAAUGGAGUGUUUGCAGCAAACUGUGAAUGUUGUGGCCAUUUUAUUAAAUUCCGUUUGAAAUCAGAUGUCAACUCUAAAAUCACAGUAACUAUCAAUGGACAGAAAUAUACAGUUGGAAAUGAAUACCCACCAUGGACAUCACUGAACUCAUAUCUGAGGAAAGAGAGGAUUUCUGUUGGUACCAAAGUGAUGUGCCGUGAAGGAGGGUGUGGUAUUUGUAUGGUGGAGGCUAAGUUAUAUGAACCUAUAUCAGAUAGCAUGAGAAGUUAUCCAAUUAAUUCUUGCCUGUGUCCAUUAUUUAUGUGUGAUGGGUUGGAAAUUACUACCAUUGAAGGUGUAAAUGAUGUUAUACCAAAAAGACUGGCAAAAUACAACGGUUCUCAAUGUGGAUAUUGUAGUCCUGGUCAAGUCAUGAAUAUGCAUGCCCUACUAGAUUUCAACAAAGGUUCAGUAUCAAUGAAGGAGGUAGAGGAUGCUUUUGAUGAUGUUAUUUGUAGAUGUACAGGAUACAGGCCAAUAUUAGAUGCAAUGAAGUCAUUUGCAGUCGACUCAUCACAAAAGAAUAAAACCACAGCAGCAGAUAUUGAGGAAUUAGGAAAAAUGUUUUGUAGUAAAACAGGACAGCGUUGCCAUGGUAAAUGUCACCCUGAGAUGGGACAAAAACUACAGGUGGUUGGUGCUGAUGCUGUGUGGAAUAGACCAGCGACCUUAGAUGAACUUUUCAAGGCCAUCUCAGAUAAUCCAGGAAAGAAAAUUAGAUUUGUGUUUGGCAAUACUGGCUCAGGUGUAUAUAAGAGUGAUCUUGACCUUGCAAACUUUGACAUACUAAUGGACUUGAGAGGAAUAAAGGAGCUAUAUGGUAUUGAUUUUGACCCAACAGUUGUCCUAGGAGCUGGUCUGUCCAUCACUCAGCUGAUUGAUAUAUUUACAAGAACCAAAUUGGAGCCAUCAUUUGGAUAUUUUACACAGAUUAGAAAUAUGCUACAAAGAGUUGCUACUACAUCUAUACGCAGUCUUGGAUGCUGGGCAGGUAAUCUAAUGUUAAAACAUCUACAUCCAGAAUUCCAGUCAGAUAUCUAUGUUUCUCUAGAAGCUGCUAAUGUAGGACUUAUGAUUGCUGACAAAACAGGAUCUACCCAAGUACCAAUAGGCCAGUUUCUGAAGACAGAUAUGACCAACAAAGUUAUAGUAGCCAUGUUGUUACAAUCAAUGAGUGAUGACUAUAUCAUACGGAUGUACAAAGUGGCACAAAGAGCAGAGAAUUCACAUUCAUUUGUUAAUGCUGGAAUCAGAAUGAAAAUUGACAAGAGUAACAAGUUUGUUGUGAAAGAAAAACCAUGUAUUGUUUUCUCAGGAAUUGCAAAGGAUUUUGUUCAUGCUGUACAAACAGAGAAUUAUUUACUAGGAAAGGAACUCAGUGAUGUGAAAGUAAUCCAAGGUGCAAUGACAACACUUGCAUCAGAGUUAAUUCCAGACGCUGACAUUGACCCUGUGGAACCAAGUGUAGGAUACAGGAAAAAUGUAGCAAUGGGAUUUCUGUAUACAUACUUUCUGGAAGUGCUUGGAGAUACUGCUGGAUCAAAAUUUAGAAGUGGUGCCUUGCCCCUACAGAGACCUCUAUCUUCAGGACAGCAGUCCUAUGAUACCAAACCAAUGGAGUGGCCCCUUACUGAACCCCUGAUGAAAUUAGAGGCCAUGAAUCAGACAACUGGUAAAGCCCAGUACAUCAAUGAUAUACCUCUACAUAAACCUCUGUAUGCUGCAUUUGUUACUAGUACUGUUGGUAAUGCUAAAUUACAGAGUAUGGAUCCUUCUAAAGCUCUGAGCAUGCCUGGAGUGUUGAAGUUUAUCACUGCAAAAGAUAUACUUGGAACAAACAACUGUUACCCACCCCUAGACCCAUCAUUUCUGCCAGAAGAGGUGCUUUGUAGUGGUGAUGUAAUGUAUGCAGGGCAAGCUUUAGGGAUGAUAGUUGCUGAUGAUGAAGAUAUUGCAAACAGAGCUACAGAACAAGUAGUAGUAACUUACUCUGACCAAAAACCACCGAUAAUGUCAAUAGAAGAUGGUAUCCAGGCUAAAUCCUUCUUUCCUAAACCUGGAGAUGUAGUCAAAGUUGGGGAUGCUGAUACUGCCAUUGCUAACAGUCCUAAAAAGAUAACAGGAAGUAUUAGUUGGGGAGAACAACAGCAUUUCCAGAUGGAAACUCAGAUCAGUAUCUGUACCCCAACAGAAGAUGGCAUGGAUGUUGAAGCCUCAACACAGUGGAUAGACCUAACUCAACAGUCUACUGCCUUGGUGCUAGGGGUACCAGAAAGCAGUAUAAAUGUCAGGGUGAAGAGACUUGGUGGAGCUUAUGGUAGUAAGAUUACUAGGAAUUUAAUUGUGUCAGCUGGCUGUGCUAUUGCUGCUCAAAUCAUGAAAAGGACUGUGAAGCUUAAUAUGGAUUUUCAUACAAACUUUAAAAUGGUCGGGAGACGUGUAUCGUACAGAGCUGACUAUGAUGUUGGUUGCACUAACGAUGGGUUGUUAAAUGGAAUCAAAAUACAGAUAUAUGGUGACCUUGGAUAUCUCCCAAAUGAAAACAGCCUACCUGGGAUUGCCCCCUGGAUGGACAAUGCAUACUUUUGUGAAAACUGGAAAUUAACACCUGUGGCAGUAAAAACAAAUAAACCUAUAAAUACAGCUUGUCGAGCGCCAGGUUCUACACCAGCCAUAUUCAUGAUGGAAUCUAUUAUGGAAAAUGUUGCUAAGGAACUUAACCUUGACCCUACAGCAUUUAGAACUCUCAAUCUGUAUAAAAAAGGACAGAAAACACCUUUAGGAAAUACCUUGAACUAUUGUAACAUCAGACAACUGGUACCACAGCUUAUGUCCUCUUCAGAUUAUACCAGUAGAGCUGCAGCUGUACAGGCUUUUAAUCAGGCAAACAGAUGGAAGAAAAAAGGUUUAUCAAUUGUCCCUAUCAAGUUUGGCCUAUCCUAUGCUGGGGUCCAUUAUAAUGCUAUUGUAAACAUCUAUGCUGGCGAUGGCAGUAUUUCUAUUGCUCAUGGUGGCGUAGAAAGUGGACAGGGGAUCAACACUAAGGUAGCACAAGUUUGUGCCUAUGAACUUGGUGUACCUAUGGAUUUGAUUAAGGUCAAGGCCAACACUUCUUUAGCCAAUGCUAAUGAUGUUACAACAGGAGGUAGUAUUACCAGUGAGCUAUGCUGCUUGGCUGUAAUAAACUGUUGUCAAGAUCUGAAAACAAGAAUGGCACCAGUGAAGGCAAAAAUGAAAAAUCCAACAUGGAAAGAAUGGACACAGAAAUGUAUAGAAGAUAAAGUAGACUUAUCUUCCAGAUAUUGUGUGUUCCAACCAGGCACAGAGGAUACCCGUUACAAUUCCUAUGGUGUUACCUGCACUGAGGUGGAAUUUGAUGUCCUGACUGGUCAACACCUGAUUAAUAGGGUGGACAUUUUAUAUGAUUGUGGAGAAAGUAUGAAUCCAAUGAUAGAUGUCGGACAAGUUGAAGGUGCUUUUGUAAUGGGACUUGGAUACUGGCUGACAGAAUCUGUCAAGUUUGCAAGCACAACAGGACAACUAUUGACUCGUAGUACAUGGGAAUACAAACCACCAAUGGCAAAAGACAUUCCAAUAGAUUUUAGGAUACAGUUGCUGAAAAAUGCUCCAAACCCAGUAGGAGUUCUGAGGUCGAAAGCUGUUGGCGAGCCACCAUUAUGUAUGAGUUGUUCAGCUUUGUUUGCAUUAAAACGAUGUGUAGAGGCUGCUAGGCAAGAUAUACAGAAAGAUACAUUCUUCCCUCUUGAUGGGCCAGCAACAGUAGAUAGAUUACAAGAACUUUGUCUGGUAGAUCCAUCUCAGUUUGUUAUCUGAGAAUAAUGAAUGACACUUGAAAGAACAUUCUGCUGUACUUCAGGAAAUAUGUGAUUGACUUUGAUAUCAAGAUUAAAUCAGAUGAAUUAAUAUAUAUUUUGUAAAUGUCUUUCUAUAUCAUAUAUUUUAAAAUGAAAUUCUACUGUAUGAUAUAUAUUUCUGGAUAUUUUUUAAAUUAUUUUCUAUAAUAUAUAUUAUGUAAAUGAUUUUCUAUUUCAUACCUUGACGGUAUGAAUGAUCUAAGUAGUCCAUCCAUGACCUUGUUGUGAAAACACAGUUUCAUUGGUAUUUAAGACAGUUGAUACAUAGCUUUUACCUUAUAAUGUCUAACAGACUUUAAACAUAUAUUUGACUAUUGCACCAGUAUGGAGUAAUUUAAAAGAAGUUACCUAAAUAGAACAAAUGCAUUAUUGUUAAUUUUUUGUUUGAUUGUAUGACAUUAUGUGGGAUAUUCUUGAUACAGGUUUUUCUUUUUUAUCCCUUAAUAUUUCAUGUGCUCAUGUAAACUAAAAUAAGGUCUUUCAUGUUGUCAUAUACUACUUUUAUACUUGUUUGUUUGUUAUGCUAGUCACAUUCCUAUAUUGACAAGCACAUUUUCACUCACUUAGGGCAUAAUUUAAAGAAAUGCAUUGUUAUUAAUUUUUGAGAAGUCUUAUUUGAUGGUUAUGUUAUUAUAUUUUGCAUUCAGUAUAACAAAAUAAAGCCUGCUUUAGGAGUCUAUUUAUUAUUCAUACCAUACAGUGCAAGACUUGAUUUACUAUACCAAACAUGUGUUUGUACUGUUUUAACUCAGACAGAGCAGUAACAGUAGAUAAAUAAAAAAUAAUUUUUCAAAAUUUUUUGGCUUGAAAAUACUAACCCAAAACAGUACCAUUUACUAUAAGAAAUUUUUCCUUUUAAAAUUGUUAUACGAUGAUGACUGAUGUACCCAUAUUUUGACUAUUUUAUUAAUUGUGACUGUUUAUUUAACGCAUCAUGUAAAUGUAGCAGAAUUUGAUGAGACUGUUAUUAAAGUGAGAGGGUUAGCGCUAUAGAACCAGGUUUAAUCCACCAUUUUCUACAUUUGAAAAUGCCUGUACGAAGUCAGGAAUAUGACAGUUCUUGUCCAUUUGUUUUUGAUGCGUUUUGAUAUUUCAUUUUACCAUGUGAUUAUGGACUUUCCAAAUUGAUUUUCCUCUGAGUUCAGUAUUUUUGUGAUUUUACUUUUUGUUAUCAGUUCAUCAUUAGAUAAUAUUUUCAACUGGAAGCUAGUUUUUACCUUAAGAUUAGUUUGCCUCACUAAGCAUAUAUCAUUCUUUUUACAACUGGUAAGAAGGGGGGUAGUAAACUGGUUUUGGUUCAAUGAACACUAGUUGUAAAUACUUUUAUUAGAAAUGUAAAAAAAUUUACUCAAUAUAAAAAUAAAUACAACCCAGAAAAUACCUAGAAAAUACAAAUUUAACCUUAAAAUUACUCAUGAAUGGCAUGCUUAUAUACAAUAAAAAGAAAAGGUAAAAUAAAAUUGAGAAUGGAAAUGGGCAAUGUAUCAAAGAGACAACAACCCGACCAUAGAAAAAACAACAGCAGAAGGUCACCAACAGGUCUUCAUUGUAACGAGAAAUGUUUAUAUCCUGCAAUUUAGAGUACAAAUACUUACUUACGCUUACAUUUUUUUACACAUUAAAUGUGCUAAUAACUGAUAACAGAUAUAUCUGUCCACUUAUAAGAACACCUUUUGAAUAUUAGGAAUAAUCUUUACCUAUGAAUGUUCUUGCUGCUUUUUAUAAAUAAUUUAUUUGUUAUUUUCAACAUAUUUACAUGUUAUUGUUGAUUCAUAUUAUAUAAAAAUAAAUCAAUCA